AUGGGCAGCCUGAUGGUGCCACUUCCUAUGGCGGCUUUCACCACCACACCCAGGGCUGGGAAUGCCACUGGUGGUAACAGCACUAGAGAGGAGAAGGAGAACUGCAUCUUCAAUGAGGAGUUCAAGUUCAUCCUCCUGCCUGUCUCCUAUGCCACUGUCUGUGUGGUGGGCCUCAUCCUCAACUCCUACUCCCUGUGGGCACUCAUCUCCAGGAUGCGGCCCUGGAAUGCCACCACCACGUACAUGUUCCACCUGGCCCUGUCCGACACCCUCUACGUCCUCUCUCUCCCCACGCUGGUCUACUACUAUGCCAACCGCAACAACUGGCCCUUCGGGGAGGGGAUGUGCAAGGUGGUGCGCUUCCUCUUCUAUGCCAACCUCUACAGCAGCAUCCUCUUCCUCACCUGCAUCAGCAUCCACCGCUACGUGGCGGUCUGCCAUCCCAUCCAGGCUCUCAGGUGGGUCAAAACGAGGCACGCCCACCUGAUUUGUGGGGGAGUGUGGGCGGUGGUUGCCACCUGCCUCAUCCCCAACCUGGUCUUCGUCACCAUCAGUGCCCGGGGAAACGAUACCCUCUGCCACGACACCACAAAGCCAGCCGAAUUUGGCCACUACGUACGCUACAGCUCCUCAGUGAUGGCCCUCCUCUUUGGCCUUCCGUUCCUGGUUGUCCUCAUCUGCUACUGCCAGAUGGCCCAGAAGCUGUGGAGACCUCACUCUGGCCAGGAGGUCCCUGCCUACAAGGCACGCUCUGUCAAAAUGAUUGUGGUGGUCGUGGUGGUCUUCGUCAUCUGCUUCCUCCCUUUCCACAUCACGCGGACCGCCUACUAUACCUCUCGGCUGCUCAAGGCCGACUGUCGCACACUCAACGCUGUGAAUGUGGCCUACAAAAUCACCAGGCCCUUGGCCAGUGCCAAUAGCUGCAUUGAUCCUGUCCUCUACUUCCUGGCUGGGAACCUCUAUAGGGGAAAGCUGCACCAGAGCUUGUUCAAAAGGCCCAGAACCAGGCACGCACUGACUCUGGCCCCCAUUUCCCAGCUUGUGGGUGAAAUCUAA